AUACAUUGUAUCUCCGCACAAAGGUUGACUCUCAGCCGGAGGGGGGGCGGAGCGCAGAGCCCAGGAAGCAGCAUGGCGGAGGGCAGGCGGACAUCUAGACAGGCGGAUCUCGGCUCAGGCUCCGAGUACAGGCCUCUCGUGACCUCGGAUCAGGGUGAAGACGAGGAGGAGAUAUUCCAGAGGAAGGAAUCGGACGUCUCUUGCCCCUUUUCAGGCUAUAGGUUCGCCAUGGCGGUGUGUGGUGGGCUUGUGGUGUUGUGUUUACUGGCUGCGGGCUUGGCUUAUCUCUCCGGGAAGUCGGCAUGCACCCUUGUAGACGUGGUAACACCAUGCGGGAAGGUGCGAGGGCGACACUGUGGUGCAGCUUAUAUGUUUAAGGGAAUCCCAUAUGCCAGUCCACCUACUGGACGCUUACGCUGGAUGCCACCCCAAGAUCCCACCUGCUGGAAUGACACUCUGGACGCCACUGACUUCAGAUCCAUGUGUGCCCAAGUGCAGCCCCUCAGUAAGCAGGGCAGAGUUAUGGGCUCAGAGGACUGCCUGUAUGUGAAUGUUUGGACCUCUUCCUUGGACCACGCUGCUAACCUUCCUGUAAUGGUCUGGAUCCACGGGGGGUAUCUGCACAUACUGAGUGGCUCAGAACCUGGAUACAGCCCCACCGAGGAGCUGGCCGAGAACAGCCAUGUGGUCCACGUCAGCUUCAACUACCGCCUUAAUGCUUUUGGAUUUAUGGCUCUAGAGCUCCUCAGGGAGGGAUCCCCAACCAACACCUCCGGUAAUUAUGGCUUCAUGGACCAGGUGGCUGCUCUACGCUGGGUGCAGAAGAACGUCCGGUAUUUUGGUGGAGACCCAGGCAAGGUGACCAUCUACGGCCAGAGCUCAGGUGGAACCUCCGUUUGGACAAUGAUGGUCUCACCACUGGCCAAGGGUCUUUUUCAUCGAGCCAUCGAUAUAAGCGGCUCCUCGGUAUUCACAGCAACCAUGGCCGAUGCAGAGAAAGAUAAUCUGCUCUUUUUGAACCGGACCGGAUGUCAGGAUGCCGAGUGCCUGCACCAGCUGAGUGUUCCUAAAAUCCUUCAGUCCAUCCCAUGGGACCAGUACCCAGACUGGGCAGCCGAGGACCUGUGUGACCUCCCGCGGAAGGGACACUUUGUUGGACCGGUUGCAGUUGUAGAUGGCUAUGUGGUGCCAGAUGCUCCACUGGAAGUGUGGAAGAAGAAACUGGAAGGGUACAGUGAUGUACCAUACGUGAUUGGCACCACCCUCCAGGAGACUGAAUACGCACCACCUUAUUCAAACCUCUCUCAGUGGUCAGAAGAAGAUUAUCACUGGUUUGUGAAAGUCCGCCUGGAUACCUUUGGAGAAAAUCUGACCAAAGAGGCUUUGGACCUUUAUCCCACGUCGGAGUUCUGCUCUCAACCAAAACGCUGCGUGGAAAAAACCUUUAUGACGAUGGUGUCGGACCUACGGGCUACGUGUCCCAAUAAUGUGCUAGCCAGACAGGCUGCAGAUGUGCUGUCCAGUCCUGUUUACCGAUAUGUGGUCACCUACACUCCAUCCCGACCAGCUCAGAUCAGCAGCCUCUUCUCCUACGAUAGCUGGUUUGCAUUUCACAUGUUGGACACCUUGGGAUUCUUCGGGACCUUGGACUACGUAUUGGGGGAGACCACCGAGGAUGACCAUGUGUUCCAGAGGCUGAUAAGGAAAUACUUCCUUCAUUUUGCCAAGGAAGGUGCCAUGCCGCCUGAAUGGCCGGAGCUCCCCAACGCCACGGCCCUACUGUCCACAACGCUGGCAACGAGGGAAAGCUAUCGUUCCGCUCAGUGCUCUUUGUGGCAGAGGAAUGGGAUGUUUCAGUAUGCCUGGGUCAACUAGACAGAGGGAGGAAUCCUGGCUGUCACGGCCUGGGCGGUGGGUUCAUUAUUUUAGAGCUUAUUUUCUAGACUAUGAGACAGAGCUACAUUUGCACUACAAGAGAUUCUAACUGGUAAUUAGUGGCUACAGCUCAGCCGCAAAGAAUUUCUGGAAAUAACUUCUUGCAUCUGCAUUCAAUAAUUCUAACUUUUGGUACCGUUUCUAUGGAUGCUGGGGCUCUUUUUCUAGGGGUUCACUACAGUGUGAUGGCCCCCGAUGCUGAAGAUGAUUUAAGUCUUUAAG